ACGAUCAACCUAGUCUUACGUGACGUGCUUAUAAUUAAGUUUGGGCCAGUGCAAGGUGAGGCUUUGCCACAUCAUCAUUUCGUUUGGGUCUGCGGGGGCUUGAGAGAUUGCAGUUCGAAAUACUCGGAUGAAGGUCCCCGCCUGGAUGUAAAAGCAGUUCGUCUGCCCAAGACAUUUCACGCUUGGAGUUUGGUUGCAAUCGGCGGCGUCCAAGUUGAGUUUACAGAUAAUUUAGCAAAUCAUCUUCUCCUUAUUGAAGAAGAGAAUGGAAUGAAGUUGUUGUUAUUUCAUCACGUUUCAUUCCUCCGAUGUCACAGAAGCUCAAUGUUUCCAGUCGGAUUCCUUGAGGAGACUCGGGAGACACUGCAAAUCCUCUUCCCUGAAUCAGAUUUUGGUGGUUUGGGUAUAACUCAACGUCGCCGCUGGUCUUGGUUUCAGAAGCUUCUGUCCAAACAGCCGUGCCCGCCCAUUGACUGGAGGCUUGGCGCCGACGGAACACUAUCUGCAGAAGCCCGGAGGAUUGAGAGGUUUAGCUUCUGGAGGAAUCGUCUGAUCGUCCUCAAGCAGGCAUACGAUGAUGCAACUCCUCGUACACUGUCUCAAUGGUGGCAUGAUCGCCGAAACAGGGUUUUUUUGGUGCACUUUCUGGUUGGCAAUCUUGCUUUUGGUACUCGGCGCGUUGGUGGGCAUUGUUCAGUGUGUGCAAAGCGGAUUGCAAGUUUCGAAACCGUGAAUCUCUCAAACUUGCGAUAA